UCUAACGUUUGUCAGUAAUCGCCUUGAAACAUACACUGAAAGUGAUGAAUACUUACACAUGGACUGAAAUCAGAAUUUUAACAGCGUACUGACUAUAACUGUCACAAAUGCUCCUGUAGAUGUACAUGGCGUAGUGUAUAUAGUGUGUGACGGGGAAUACAGAGAAUAAUCAAUAUGGCCAGUCACAAAGAGUUUAAGAUUGCAGGGCUGUCUGUCCUGUUUCCUUGUAAACCAUACCCAUCCCAGUUCAGCAUGAUGGACAAGAUUAUACAAAGCAUUGAGCGUCAUCAAAACUGUUUGCUGGAGAGCCCAACAGGGAGUGGGAAAACGUUGGCUUUGCUGUGUUCCACCCUUGCCUGGCAAGCAGAGGAAAAAAAACAUCAAGAUAUUUGCUGCUGCAGCUGCCACUGUCAGAAAGAGACCAGCUCCCAUUCAGAUCAAGUUUCAGAAGCAAUCAUGAACAAUAGCAGCUCUGGCAAAGUAGCUGGUAAUCUCACGACUUUGACUAUGUCAGAAUAUAAAUCUGGGGACUGUACAUCAUCAUCUGUGCUUUGUGGCACACCUUCCACCAGCAAAGAAAACUGCAUUGUUAUCAAUGAUGACUCAGAUGAAGAGUUUCGUCCCCUUGCAAAAUUUCGUACCCCAGGGAAAACCAAGCCGUUCAGAAAGAGAGAUUGGAAACAGAUCAGCAUAGAAUAUGAAGAUGACUCGCCUGCAUCCACUAAAAGUCCUGUGGCUGCUGUCAAGAAACCAUCAGUAGAUCCAGAAAGUACAUGCAGUAUAACCAGGUCUGAAGAAAAUGCAGGCUCACAAAGCUGCUCCAGUUGUGCCUGUACCAAAGGAAGCAAUAAAGUAACACCAAGACGGGUUCCCAAAAUUUUUUUUGGCACUCGAACACAUAAGCAAGUGGCACAGAUUGUCCGCGAACUGCGAAAAACAGCAUAUCAUGAUGUCUCAAUGACAAUUUUAGCAAGCCGAGAACACACAUGCAUCAAUCCACAGAUUGCCAGCUCUGUCAACAAAAACGAAGGUUGUAAAGAUCUACUAAAGGAUGUUGGCUGCAGGUUUAAGGACAGGGUGAUGAAGUACCAGUCCCAGCAAGCCAUCAAAUACUUAGGGCUGUCUACAGCAUGGGAUUUGGAAGACUUGGUGAACCUUAUGAAAGCCAAGAAGGCUUGUCCUUACUUCUUGUCACGGGGACUGAAGGAUCAAGCGGACCUCAUCAUUUGUCCCUACAAUUACCUGGUGGACCCUCUCAUUAGAGAAGGUAUGGAAAUUAGUCUGAAAGGGCAGAUUGUGUUGCUGGAUGAGGCUCACAACAUCGAGGAUUCUGCUAGAGAAGCUGCCAGUCAGAGCAUUACGCAAGAACAGAUCCAGAGGGCGCUGCAGGACAUGGACACACUCAUGGACAAUGGUAUACGAAUCGCUGAUAUUUCCAAACUACGCCAAAUGUGUUUCAAGCUUGACAGUUUCAUCAGUAAUAAUGGGUCGUCCCUAACACAUUGCGACUUUGACCAAUCAUAUCGUUUGUGGAGUGGGUUUGACAUCAUUGCUCAGCUCCAGCACGUCGACCUUGGCCCUCAGAAUUUCCAGAAUCUCAAGAGUACACUUGCAUCCAUUAAGGCCGAGGAAACAGAAGAACGUGCCAACCCUGACGGUCAGCAGCGUGCUCUGAGCUCAGCCACUGCAGGCCUCCUGGAGCAGUUGUUUCUUGCCCUGCACUACCUGUACACUGACAACAUGAAAUAUGCAGAGGACUACAGAGUUUCCAUUGUCAAAAAUGUGCGUUAUGCUGCUGUUGACUUGGAUGGCUCUUGGCUGAACUCCAGGAAGAACCACAGAGGAAGGAGGACUCAAGCUGUGGAAGUCUUCACCCUCAACUUCUGGUGCAUGAACCCUGCUGUGGGUUUCUCAGACUUUUCCUGUUGCCGCACUGUGAUCCUGACUAGUGGCACUCUGUCACCAGUGGAUUCCUUUCAGUCAGAGCUUGGCCUGCCUUUCCCCAUCGUGCUGGAGGCAAACCACAUCAUCCGAGAUGAACAGGUUUGGGUUGGAGUGAUAGGUCAAGGUCCUGAUGGCACAUCACUGCAGGCUGUUUACCGCAACAUGGAGACCUUUGGCUUCCAAGACCAGCUGGGUCAGCUGAUAUUAGGCAUCUGUAAGGCUGUGCCGAAGGGAGUGCUCUGCUUCUUGCCCUCAUACAAUGCACUAGACAAGCUGACAAGCCGCUGGAAACAAACUGGAAUAUGGGAACAAUUUCAGCAUCAUAAACAUGUAAUGAGUGAACCUCGUGGUUCAGACAAAGUGGACUUCGACCAGAUUUUGAGAAGUUUCUACAAGACUGUCAGUGAAGAUGAUACAAGUAGCUCUUGUGAUGGUGCUCUGUUCUUUGCGGUCUGCCGAGGCAAAGUCAGUGAAGGGAUGGACUUUGCUGACAACUUUGCUCGAGCUGUGAUUACGGUGGGAAUUCCAUAUCCAAACUUUAAAGAUGUCCAGGUUGAUUUGAAGCGCAAAUACAAUGAUCGGUAUCAGUCUUCACGACGAUUGUUGUCAGGGAAUUUGUGGUAUGAAAUCCAGGCUUUUCGAGCCCUCAACCAGGCUUUGGGAAGAUGUAUCAGACACAGGUGUGACUGGGGUGCCCUCAUUAUUGUGGACGACCGUUUUGUGAAGAACACACAGAAAUAUAGCAGUGGCUUAUCAAAGUGGGUGCGGCAAAAGCUUAAGGUACACCACAGCUGUGACUCUAUGCUGGUGUCUUUGCAGCAGUUCACCCAUGCUCGCUUGGAGCAAGAGCUAAAGGACAGGAUGAAAGAUCCAUCUGCAGUAGUGGACAAAUCUCACAUCAAUGAUUCAGAUUCCAGCUUGUGGGGAGUUGACAGUUCUGCCACUGGAGUUGCUCAGUAUGCUGAGUUAGGCAAUGAAGGCCCUUCUGCAGGUGGAAAGCCCACGUCGAUGCUACAAGUCCUGUCACUGAAUUCUACUACUGUCGCACCAAAAAGUUCAUGGUUUGUAUCUACAGAUGGUAGCCAGAAACAGACGGUGGAAGCCUUUGGCGUGGGCGUGCAAACCAAACUGGCCCAGUCUUGGAGGAGUAAUACUAAGGUUGCAGUAAAUGACCAACUCUCAGCACAAGCUGCUGCUCAGUCUCCCAAGAUACCAGUUAUUCCAGGAGUGAAGUCUUCUUUGAGUUUCACCAUACCCAAGAUGCCAGAAGUGCCUGAAGGGAGAGUUUCUUUGAGUGCGGUGUGUUCUCCAAUGUUAUUUGAAAAUUCAACAUCAUUAACAUCGCCUGAAAAGACAGACACGAGUGAUCUUUCCUUGACUGUGUCACUAGCCUCUGCAGCAGCAGCAGUGAACCAGCAGGAAGUGGUCACAUCUGCAAACACCACUGCUGAUUUGAAGAAAACUAUUGCAACAGCUGCGACCAAGUGCUUGACUGUAAAAUCAGCUUUUGAAUCAUUUGAAGGCAUAAUGACAAAACAUUGCCGUCCUCUAUUUCUUAAAAAAGACACAAAAAUCGGGCUUUCUAAUAUAUCUAAUGCCAGUUGUUCCAGUGAAGUAGCAGUAGGCACCGUGUGCAGUCCAUCAGAAACUUCAAAACAGUUGCUAAAUACAGCUGGAGCUGUAGAAGCCUAUGUGUCAAAGUCGUCAUCUUCGCUUGCAAAAACUGUAAAUUUGAAUGGUGUACGACCAGUGUCUCCCAUGAACACUGAGAACAUCAGGGUGAACAGCAGAUCACAGGUUGCUAAAAGGAGAGCUGGAGAGCUUCAGGAGAACGUUGACAGUGGUGGGGUGGUACGCAGACUAAAGACGCGCAGACGCAGUUCCACCAUAAGAAUAUUGCGAAACACUCAAAAAGACAUUCUAGAUGACAUUACACAAGUAAAUGUUACAUAGGUCAGUGUCACAGUGCAGUUGUUUUGGCAGUAAAGUAAAAUGCAGUGUUUUAUAACAACACAUGAUGCCAUUUAUUUCAAAAUAUUUCAUUAUUCCAAAGGAGAAAAUAGAUUGUAUUCAAGCAUGGAACCCAUAUGUUUAUAGAUCACACAUCAAAAUGAAUUAUUCAGCAUCUGUUGUCUGUUAAAAACAUGAGCUAUCAAAAACACAUGCUUGUGUCAUGAAAGUUAAUUCGCACAAUUAAAAGCAAAAUUUUAUCCAGUAAACAGUGUUGGUCUUUAUGUAAUUCUUUUUUGUGUGGUCAAUGGGAAAUCUGAAUCUUUAGUGCUAGUCACUCCUCAAACUAUUGAUUUAUUGUGUAUGUGGUUAGGUGUCACACUUUUAUAUUUUGUGAGGGUGGGCCUGUGGCACAACGGUUAGCACCUGUCACCUGUACAGUGAAGGUUGUCUGUCCUGGAUUCAGCUCUUGUUUCGGGCACAUUGUUCUUUGCAUGUGGCAUCAGUGUUUAUAGGGUUGGCUGCCUUGCAAAGAUGUAGCCUUAGUUGCUGGCUGGAGUAAAACACCUAUUCUCCCCCCCACCAAUGCUUUGUGUAUGCUGUUUAGGUAUCACACUUCACAGAGAAAAAGCUGUGAUCAGAACAGUCACUAGAGGCAAUUUAUGCCAUGGAUUGUUUUCAUUUUUUCUUCUAUUUGAGAGUGAAUUCAUAUUCUGUUCGAGAAUUCAGGUAAAUUUAGGUGUAUUAAUAAGUGACAAAGAAUGCCCAAUUGUUUAAAUAACAUCAAUGAUAAACGCACAUUUCAUGCAAUAUCUUUUUACUUGAGGGAAAAUUCCAACAUUUUUGCUGAAAGUUUUGAAGCACCUUCACACUCAAAAGAUCUCCCACAAAGCAGUCUUAUAUUUCCAAAUAAUGUAGCAACAGUGAAAAUCAACUUUAGAUGUGUAACUCUCAUCUCUCAAAACUCAAACUUGAGAGUGUUGACUUACAUUCAAGAUUAAAAAAAGUAACGGCUACAUCCUUUAUACAUAUUUCAGUUGUGAGUAAACGUAAAUGCUUCUUGACCUCUGGAUGCCAGAGAUGAGACAAUAAAUCAUAUCAGUUAGCAGUUCAUCUUUUGAGCUCAACACUCGUCGCAGUAAAUAGGACAAAAAUUUCUCAUUUUCUGCAUUUUUGUUGCAUGUCUGCUGACUAGAAACAGCACUAAGACUUUUAAGUGGUGUACAGGUUCAGUACAGACAGAUGAUAGAUAUCACAUCCUUUGUUCUGGGCUCCACCAGUCGUCAAACAAACUACUCAUCAGGGUCAGCUUCAGUCAUUUCUUCAUCUGGAGCACA